ACUGAGGUUUUCUCAGGCGUUUGAUCCACGGGACGUGACGGACUGGUUUGAACUUCGCUUUCGCCUUUAGUUCAACAAUUCCGUUCCGUUGCCACUGGCGACCACACAAUCCCCUCGCCCCAGUUCCCUCCGUGGGAAGGCCCGCCCCUGGGUAGAACGCCCUGAGGCCCCGGCGGCGUGCCGUUACGGUUCCCGGGCGCGCUCCGUGACUCUCUACCUUGUGACGUCAGCACGGGAGGCGGGUUCUCUCGCACUACGGGAAGACGUCCGCUUUAUUUGAUUGGCUACUGAAGACGUCCGUUAGUGCGUGUUGCCCUCUCCGCGUGCGCCCAGAGCGUGGGCGUCGCUGUGGGGGUGUGUGGCAGGGGUUUCUAAGCUGGGCACCCAGCACCCCCCGCCCCUUCCAUCCGGGGUUCGGUUUAGGGUCGCCCCUGGUGGGCGGCUCUCGAAUCUUGAAGAGCACGAGAACACAGAGCGCCGGGGAGCUGCGGAGCCUCUCUGGGCACUCCGGAAGAUGGCGGCGGCAUCUGUCUCUACGGCUUCUGGUUCUCAGUUCUCGAACAUCUUAACUGAACCAUCAAGGUCUAAUGGAAGUAUGGUUCGCCAUUCUUCAUCUCCAUAUGUAGUAUACCCAACAGACAAGCCUUUCCUUAAUAGUGAUCUACGGCGCUCUCCAAACAAGCCUACACUUGCCUAUCCAGAAAGCAACAGUCGAGCAAUAUUUUCUGCUCUGAAGAAUCUUCAAGAUAAGAUUCGACGUUUGGAACUGGAAAGGAUUCAGGCAGAAGAAAGUGUGAAAACCUUGUCUAAAGAAACAAUUGAGUACAAGAAAGUAUUGGAUGAACAGAUACAGGAAAGGGAGAAUUCUAAGAAUGAGGAAUCAAAGCACAAUCAAGAACUGACAUCUCAGUUGUUAGCUGCGGAAAAUAAAUGUAAUCUUUUAGAAAAACAAUUGGAAUACAUGCGAAAUAUGAUAAAGCAUGCAGAAAUGGAGAGGACAUCUGUCUUAGAGAAACAGGUUUCCCUAGAAAGAGAACGACAACAUGAUCAAACACAUGUUCAGAGCCAACUGGAGAAAUUGGAUCUACUUGAACAGGAGUAUAACAAACUUACUACAAUGCAGGCCCUUGCAGAAAAAAAAAUGCAAGAGUUGGAAGCGAAACUCCAUGAAGAAGAAAAGGAAAGAAAACGUAUGCAAGCCAAAGCAGCUGAGUUGCAAACUGGUCUAGAAACAAAUAGACUUAUCUUGGAAGAUAAGACAACUCCAUAUGUUCCUAGUGCUAGAAGAAUUAAAAAAAAGAAGUCAAAACCUCCGGAAAAGAAAGGCCCUAGGAACUGCUUUGGUACACAGCCGCACUAUAGAUUAUGCUUGGGUGAUAUGCCAUUUGUAGCUGGAAAGUCAACUAGUCCUAGCCAUGCCGUGGUCGCCAAUGUUCAGCAUGUCCUGCAUCUAAUGAAGCAACACAGUAAAGUUCUGUGCAAUGAUCGAGUAGUCAACAGUGUUCCUUUGGCAAAACAAGUAUCAUCGCGAAGCAGUAAAAGUAAGAAGUCAGUAACCCCUCCCUCCUCCAGCAUUAAUGAAGAGUUGUCAGAAGUCUUACAGACUUUACAGGAUGAAUUUGGGCAAAUGAGCUUUGAUCACCAGCAACUUGCAAAACUCAUCCAGGAGUCACCAACCGUUGAGCUAAAAGAUAACUUAGAGUGUGAACUAGAGGCAUUAGUGGGAAGGAUGGAGGCAAAAGCAAACCAAAUUACCAAAGUUCGAAAAUACCAAGCCCAGCUGGAGAAACAGAAGACAGAGAAGCAAAAGAAGGAAUUAAGAGCCACAAAGAAGACCCUUGAAGAAGAAGGAAGCAGUAGCAACCGUUCUGGAAUUACAGGGAACACAAAUAAGAAGGAUUAUACCAAAUUGAGACCUGGAGAAAAAAGCAGAAAAAAUCUUCAGUUAUUGAAGGACAUGCAAACCAUACAGAGUUCAUUACAAAGUGGUGAUUUGUGUUGGGAUUACUGACUAUCAGGUCAUAAAUUUUAUUUGGAUAAUAUGUACCUCAGUCAGAUGUUGACAAUUAAUUUUCCAGGUCACAUACUAUCUUCUGUUGAAAUUAGUUAAUAGCAAGUGUUAAGAGGCUCAAAGUUUAUUACGUAGACUUUGUGUGUUUUUUGCAGCCUCACUAAGUGUUAACCAUUUCUGUGGAAGCCAAGGGAAUUUUAAAGUUUGAGAAGCCACACAGACUGUUUCUUUGAUAUGAAUUUGCUGUACUGAUACAUUGUACUUUGUAAACACAUUACCAGUUUUUUACUUGUGGGUGUGAUUUUUAAAAUUAGUUUUUAUAUAUAAAUAAAAUUGGGUUUAACUUUUUAAAAACAAGUGGCUGUCUCAAAGGCAGUGUUUGCUUAAAAAUUCUCAUUUUUUUAAUCUUUCUCUGACAGAAAUUGCCCACUUCCUCUUUCCUCUAGAAACCAUUAGUAUGCUUUAACUAUUUGAUGACAUAGUUCUUAUAUUUAAAUAUUUAUAUAUUUAAGAGAAUUGUUUUGGUUUGCUUUUGGCACUUCAUUUGAUCCAUUGUGAUCAAACAUUGAUCAACAUUAAAUGCAUUUGUAUUGCUUUUUAAUUGUUUAAAUUUUUUAAAGUGUAGUCAGUUACCUGUAAAAAAUAGUAAAAGCCUUAUUAAUAAUGUAAACUGUGAAUGAAAUUUUAGAAUAAAGUGAGAAUGGGAGAAGGGAGAUGUGAAGCAUACAUAUAUGCUAUGUUUAGUAACUGUAAUCAUGUUAUUUAGUCAAGGUAUUGUGGUUUUUAUUGUAACUUAGAGAACACCUUGAAUAUCUGCUUUUUUCAUAUAUAGUUUGAGUGCAAUAUAAACUGUACACACAAUUAUGUUAAUGUAAAUCAUAAUUUUAAGUAAUUUUUAGAUUUAACAUUUUAUAAGAUUGCCACUGAAGUCAAUGAAACAGCUUUUUUAAGGAAACAAACUUUCCUUAACAAUCUGUUAAUCUGUUAAUAAAGGCUUCAUUUAUUGUAACCUUUGAAAAGUGCAUCUCUAAAUAGGACAGCAUCAUGUUGAUUGAGAAACUAAAAAUAUACAAUAUUUAUUUGCCAUUCUUAUGUUUACAUGUAAGUUUAUCACCAACAAGAUUGAAUUAUCUCAUCCUUGUAUGGUAGGGUGCUAUGCUAAUGAAAACAUUAGCCACAUGUAAAGAAAUUCUUAAAUGCUUUUGCUGCAAUUUGUUGAGAUGAAGUUUUAGGAUGCCAAGCAUGAGCUGUGUGACUUCUUAGGCACUGUAAUACACUUGUUCUACUUUCUAGAGUUAGAGCUGUUAACUUAGCAUCCUGAUUUGGCAGGAUUUGUGAAUUUCCUGAAGUUACACAUAAACUUUGCCUGUGUGUAUGAUUUUCUGAUGAGCAGGUUUGCAGCUUCAUCAUACCCACAACAGGAGUCUGAAGGUGAGAAUCACUACUCUGGUGACCUGGUAAAUAUUUCUCCUGUUUUCAGCUGUUAAACUUUUGUCAUCUCCUUAUUUGAAUUUCAGGUCAUUAAAUUGUCUAAAAGUCAUUUGAAUUGUAAUGUCUCAGAGUUCUAAUUAGAAAAGUAAGUAAUUGAAUGGUGCAAAACUCCUCAUCUCUCAACUAGAAUUGAAACUGAAAUAACCGGGCCGGCGCCGCGGCUCACUAGGCUAAUCCUCCGCCUUGCGGCGCCGGCACACCGGGUUCUAGUCCCAGUCGGGGCACCGAUCCUGUCCCGGUUGCCCCUCUUCCAGGCCAGCUCUCUGCUGUGGCCAGGGAGUGCAGUGGAGGAUGGCCCAAGUCCUUGGGCCCUGCACCCCAUGGGAGACCAGGAUAAGCGCCUGGCUCCUGCCAUCGGAUCGGCGCGGUGCGCCAGCCGCAGCGCGCCUACCGCGGCGGCCAUUGGAGGGUGAACCAACGGCAAAAGGAAGACCUUUCUCUCUGUCUCUCUCUCACUGUCCACUCUGCCUGUCAAAAAUAAAAAAAAAUAAAAAAAAAAGAAAUAACCAUUCUAGCUUUUGAUAAUUUUUUAAGAUUUUAUUUGAAAAGUAGUUACAGAGAGAGGGAGAAACAUAAAGGUUUUUCAUCCACUGGUUCACUCCCCAAAUGGCCACAACAAUGGCCAGGCGCCAGGAGCUUCUUCCAGGUCUCCCACGCGGGUCUAGGGGCCUUAAACACUUGGACCAUCUUCCACUGCCUUCCCAGGCCAUGAGCAGAGAGCUGGAUCUGAAGAGGAGCAGCUGGGACACAAAUGGUGCCCAAAUGGGAUGCUGUUGCCUCAGGUGCAAGCUUAUCGCCCACUAUGCCACAGCGCCAGCCCCACUUAGGAUGCUCUUGAGGUGAGAACUAAAAACAAGAAACCUGCUACCAUUUUAUCUGAGAGUUUAAAUGAAUAUGUUGUAGUCUGUCCACUUACAUUGUAUCAGAGCUUUAUUGCAAUGCAUUUCAAAUUUAUCUUUGUGUAAAAUGCUACAGUACAGUAUGUUUACAGGCUGGUGGAAGACAUCUGUAUUGUUUGUCAGUAUAGUACAUUCAUUGCAGUGCUGAUAGUCCUGUACACUGUGCUGUUCAGGCACAAAGUUGAAUUUGCAGAGGAAUGAGGAGUCAGACAGGUAUAACCUCAUCCUCUGGGAACCUAACAUUUAGAAUGGGUAGGGAACCUUUUUUCUGCUGGGGGCCAUUUGGUUGAUAGAGACCAUACAAAGUUACCAACUUAAAAAUUAGCCUGCUCAAUCUAUUGAAUUAUGAGUCCACCUGCAGUUACCUUGGUGGAGUCCGAGCAAAUGAUAAGGUUGGACAUUCUCUAUCCCUGAUCUAGAGACUAGGAAUCAGUCAUAAUGGAGUCAGGAAGCUGGAGUUUACAUGGGGUAUUGGUGAAUAGCAGAGUACUAUUGGUGAGUAAAAGGUGAGGGGGGAGGGGUAGGCAGAGAUUAGGUCUCAGGAGGAUUUAGGAGCUUCAGUUCGAUAGUCAUCUCUAAAUGUCGUCCCUGGGAAAGGUACAUCUGCACUACCAGUUCAGAGAUACACAUGAAGUUGUGAAAUAUUUUAUCUAUACAAAAGUUCUAGAGUUCCUUUUCUCCUCCUAUGCAGAAAGCCAUGAGUCAUCUUAAAUGCUCCAGUGCAUGAAGAUUCCCUGCUUAAGGUGAGAGAAACCAUGGUAAGGUUUUGAACAGUGAAAUGAUAGGUUUGCACUUAGUUUUCUCUAGUUUUUGAGUGGAAUUUAAAGUGGGUGGAAGUGUACUAUGACAAAAAGCUUGAAAUCUACAUUCCUUUAACACAGUAAUCAAGUGACCAGAUUUUUCCUUGCAAUAGAUUUCACACAGCAACCAAAUCAUUUUGGUACCAAUUAUAAUAAUUAUGUACUAACAAACUAUAUCCUCAUUAAACAAGAACAGGGCAAGGUUCACUCCCCAAAUGUCCACAACAGGAGUAGGCCAGGCUGAAGCCAGGGUCUCCCACAUGGGUGGCAAGGCUACAUGAACUUGAGUUAUCAUCUGCUUCCUCCCAGGAUAUAUUAGCCAGAAGCUGGAUGAGUGCCAGGACUUGACCCCCACUGCAAUAUGGGAGAGUUGUGUCCUAUCCAAGUAUGCCAUCAUGCCCUCUCAAAAAUACAUGUUUUUGUUAUGUGAGUGACAAAAUGGCUUCAAGUUGAACAUUUCUGCCAAAGACUAUAUAUGUAAUAUCUUAAGGCAAAGAACUGUCCAAAAAGAUCAAGGGACAAGAAGCUCCUUUGUUACAGUAUAUAACAGAUUUUAUCUAGAAUAAAACAGACAAAAAGGAGUCAGAAACUCUUGUAGCAGGCAAACGGUGAAGCAAGAUUUCCUUUACUGUUAUUGAGAUUAAAUACAUCUUUAUUCUGGCAAUAUGUUCUUUGGUAAAUUUAAUCAUUUAUUGGAUUUACAUUAUUUUCAAAUAAAAAAGUACUAAAAAUAUUUCAUGUAAAAUUUGAGCACAGUACUUACCUUAGUCAAUCCUUUUACAUUUUUCAAAUAGUGUCCAGAAACCUACCACUUCGCUUCUGUUGUGUUUACACACACAAAAUUAAAAUAUAUUCUGUGUUAUUUCUGGUAAUUGAAGAGUGUGAACCUUUUCUCCUUUAUCCCUCUGCUCACCCCUGCCCCAAACACAUCCAUAAGGCAUCAUUUUGCAAUAGCUUUCUAGUACAUUUUAAGUAAAUAUACAAAUAAUAUCAGCAAUAAUUUUAAACUGUAACUAUCCAUAAUAUCCCGAAGGUUUUGCCUUGCACUAUACGAAGAAUGUGAAUGGCGGUUGAAAGGCCAUCAAAAUGUUUCAGUUACUACCAAAAAGAAUAAACCUAUGAUAGAGAAAGGGCUAUCAGGAUUUUGAGGCCCAAUCUGUAUGAACAAUGAGCUCUCACUCAUCAAGAGGUAUUUUCUAAAGUGACUUUUAUUAAGACAGAAUCUUUUAAAAUUUGCAGGAUUGAAAUCUUAAUAUUAGUGUCCUGUGUAAUUGCACGUAAGCCACCUAUGCUGCUACAGGUCUAAACUCACCCUAAAGAGAUUUAAAAUAAAUAAAAGCAACAAAACUUUAUCUCAUAGAAGGUCUUAAAUAUGGAAGACUUAAUCUCAUAAAGCUGCCACUGUCAUAAGUUCGUAGCAGUGAUGUCCCCCCACCCCCCCAACUUAACAGUCCUUUCACACAACAGUUUGAACAGGAGUGACACACUGUGCAGGAGAGCUGGCUCUCUCUGAUGAUGAGGUUGAUCGGUUGGAAAUUUCUCUCUGUAGUUCCUCUACUUUUUUCUGAAGCUCUGCUCGUUUAGCAAGAAGUUCUUUAUAUCUAUUGUGAAUAGGUUCCUAAAAGAACAAGAUGAUUUCAGUGAGGCAAUCCUGAGCAAAUCCCAUAGUCAGAUCAUUCUGGACCACCCUCCCUCACCUUUCCAAUCCAUCAGCAGACAUAAAAUUCCAGGACUAUCGCUGGUAGCUUUCCCAGUGCGCCCAAGUAUUCCCAGACAAUACCCAACCGUCUAAGUGCUCUUGAACCUGGUACUAUACCAAAUAGAACAAAUAAUUGUGAGACAAUGUUCAGAAUUCCCUGUAUUUGCCUAUUUUUAGUCUCAGCAGUUCUAAAUUGUAAACAUUUCACAAUAUUGUCACAAGGACUAAAAUGUUAUUAGGUAUUCAGUUUUCCUAACCCUGUCUGCUUCAUCUUGUUGAAAUAAGAUCCCCCUAGAAGUUAUCUAAUAUAAUUCCAACAUUUAAUGGGUAGAAAGGAAAGCUGUAAAUAUCUACAGAUAAUUUUUCCAGUUGGUUUUAAAAGGCUCAAAUCUAAAGAAGUUGCACUGCAUGGAUGAAAGUUCCCAUGGCAUAGGAUAGGGUGUUUGCAUACCUGUGGUUUCAUCCGUGGAUUCCACCUUAUGUAGUAUCCCACCCAGAGCUCUAGGUGGCGCAUGCUGGCUACUGGAUAAAGGACGUGAUUGGAAUAGCUCCCAUAGAGAGGAUUAGUGAAGUCUUCCAGCUGGCUAUUUAUGUAAGACCACAGUGACACAGUCCUUCUAGGAAGAUUCUGUAAAAAGCAAAAACAGGUAAGGACUUCUACCACACAAGCUACUUACAUUAUCGGUGAAAUUUUUAACAUUUUGUGGUCCUUUAUCUCUUUGGAGGGAACAGACUUGGACAUUUCACUGAUAAGCCCACUUAUAUUAAAACACAGUAGUAGAAAACCGUCUGCCCACUCUUGAGAGUUAACAGUUACCAUAUGACCCAGCAAACCUAAGAUGUAUGCUCGUAUGAGAGCUUUUAUCACAGAUGUUGAAAGCAGCAUCAUUCAUAAAAGCCCAGAAGUGGAAGCAACACUAGGCUAUCAACUAACCUACGUAAUGAAAUAUUUUUUAAAAGGAUAUGGACUGUAAUAUGGGUGAGCCUUGAAACACUGUAAGUGGAAGGAGCCAGACACUAAGGUCACAUGGUGAAUGAUCACAUUUUUAGGAAAUUUUCAAAAAAGGGUUAAUGUUUUGUCAAUAGCUGGGAGAUUGGGAGUAACUAACAGGUAUGGGCUUCUUUGCACAGCUUUACAGAUACCAUUUUUUAACCACUAUACUGUUAUUAGAGUAGAUUUUACGAUAUGCAAAUUAUAUUUGAGUAAACACUUUAAAACAAGACUGUUAAAAGAUGAAAGUAUCUUAUUUUUUCACAGUUCAUACUAUAUUUGGAAACAGUUAUUGCGUGUCAGACACUGAAAAGUUUAAAAUUUUGAGACCUGCCAUCAAAGGAACUGAAAAUUUAGGAAGCACUUAAUAAGCUUUCCUUUAUUUAGUCUUUGCAAUAGUAAGUACUAUUAGCCUUAUUUUAUAGAAGUAAAAAUUGACUCACCCAGUGUUAUUUAGUGACAGAUACAAGACUGCAGCUGAAUAUCUGGACAUAAGCAUAGUGGCAAGCACUGCUCGCACUUUAUAGAAAAGUGAGAGUAUAGUGAUUCCUUAACAGUGAUAUCUCUGGGGAAAUGGGGUACUAAAAAAUUUUUACAUGUCAUUUCAGUGCUAAGCUUAAGUCAUUUGUAAGAAAUAAAAUGUCUCAUUUAAUGCAGACUAUAUCUUCAGAUUUGAGCUGCCCACUCAAGUGUAUAGCUUCUGCUAAACAUACUUUCUGCACCUGCUUUCAAGGAUUUCCAUCCUGUAUAAAGUAAUAGAUACACUGAUCACCACUUAUGCCACUUCUCUUUAGCAGACAACACUCCAUGCAUCAAGUCAGACAGUAGUGAAUACUUUCAGCCCUGUGACAGAGGUAUUUCAACACAGUUCAGGUCAGAUAUUUGAAAGGAAGUAAUCACAUUACAGCAUGUAAGAUAAAAUAUGACCCAACAUGUCACUCAAAAGAAUGUCGAGUUGAAAUGUAAAGAGGAGUGAAUGGUGGGGAUGGAGUAGGGUUACAGCUCAUAUUUUACCUCUUUUACUCUCUGCUGUUCACUGUUGCAGAGGAAUGUUCCAAAUAAACAGCUGUAGAGGUGGUCCAAAAUGGUAAUAAGAAAAUAUUCAUUGAAUUCAAAUGCGGUAGGAAACUGCAAAUUGAACACCAGAAACAGAUUUUUUAAGGAUGUCCGUAUUUGUCAUGAGUCGAAGGUAUUUCAAUAGUAUUUAUAAUACUUAACAUUCAAAACUGUUUCUUCUUAGCCAUUUAUAGCAUCUGCAUGCCUUUCUGUUCAAAAGUCACUUUUACUUUUCUUCUUAGGUGAUUUCUGCCAGAAUCUCUAAUGGUCUGACCACAGUUUUGCUGUAUCAUUAACCUCGUGUAAGAUUUUUCUUUAAAGACUAACAGUGGCUCGCAAAAACAUUACACAGAUAAUUAUGCAAAGCAGAUGAUCAGAUUUAUAAGUCAGCCUAUUUAACUUUUCCAAGCAGCAUGCCCUUGAAGAAAGUCCCUUGGAAACCACUACUAUAUGGCAUCUUUCUAACCAAAACCUCACCAUCUAACCCAGGUCAAGGACAUGACUAGAUGUCUUCAGUAUGGGAGAAGAAUUACAUACCCCUAAAGGGUAAAGAGUUUAGUUUAAUCCUUCCUACUUUAGAAUUAUUCAGAAGUUGUGUGUAAAUUUCUACCAAGUACAGGACUGUAAAAAGACUACAUGCAAGUUUGUAUUCCUUAGAAUGAUACCUACUAAAAUAGUAUGAACUGUAUUCAAAAGAACAGGGAUGAGAAUAAUCUUGUCCUGAAGUCUGCUAAAUUUCAGGAAGCUACAGGUAGGAUAACAGCCAAGUUCUCAAAUACUAAAAGGCAAAUUACUAGGCCUUGAAUAAGUUUUGUAGCUGUUAGCUGAAUGAAACAGGUGAUCAAGUCCCAUUUAUAAAGUGUGCAGCAAAAUGCUUCUAAACAAUGGGUCACUGAAGAAAUCAAAAGGGGAACGUUAAUGAAAUGAAACUGUAAACAUCAGUUCUAAGGCAUUUUUUAGCAAUUUGUAUGUAUAUUGAAAUUCAGAUAACAAAUAAUGUUAACAGUGUAUCCUAAGACCUGGGCAAAGCAGAAAGGGAACUCUUAUACACUGUUAAAUGGGAAUGCAAAUUAAUACAGCAAUUAUGGAGAAAAGGAAGUUCUUCAAAAAUCUAGAAAUUAUACGUAUAUCUGGGAAUAUAUCCAAUGAAAAUGAAAUAAGCCUAUUAGAGACAGACCUGUAUGCCCAUGUUCAAUGCAACAUUAUUCACAACAUCAAGAUAGGAGUCAACCUAGGUUUCCAUCAUUGGAUGAAGGGAUAAACUGUUAAGUAUACACAAUGAAAUGUUACUCAGCCAUAAAAAAGAUUGGAAUCUUGAUUAUUUGCAGCAAAAUGGAUGAAAUUGUAGGUCUUUAUCACUAAGUCAAAUAAGCCAGGCACAGAAAAACAAUGGAGGCUACAAAAAAGUCAACCUGAACUGAGAGGCUUCGGGGAAGGGAAGAUAGAGGGAGGUGAGAGAAUGAGUACCAGAAGGGGUAAGUUCUAGUGUUCCACAGUCAGGCAACUACAAUCAAGAUAAUGUGCUAGGAACUGUAUAAUAAAGAACUGGAGGAGAACAGUUGGAAAAUUUAGUUACCUGGCCUGAUUUAUAUUGUAUAUGUGUUGGAGCACAAAAAAAAAUUGACAUUUUCUUUGGAAAAA